CUUUUACCUUAGGAUAUCUUCCUCCGUAAAGAGCAGCCAGCCCAAGCUGUACCUCGACAACUUAAUACGUUUAUAGUCUGCUUCAUUCCGCCGAGACGAGUUGUUGUCUAACAGGCUAAGCUUGUGAGCGAAAGCUCAGCAGAGACCAGGAUGGCCUCCCGUAAGAAGGUGCUGCUGAAGGUGAUCAUUCUCGGUGACUCAGGUGUUGGCAAGACCUCUUUGAUGAACCAGUAUGUGAAUAAAAAAUUCAGUAAUCAGUAUAAAGCCACCAUUGGAGCCGAUUUCCUCACCAAGGAGGUGAUGGUUGAUGACAGACUGGUCACUAUGCAGAUCUGGGACACAGCAGGUCAGGAACGGUUCCAGUCUCUGGGCGUGGCAUUUUACAGAGGGGCGGACUGCUGUGUCCUGGUGUACGACGUGACUGCACCAAACACCUUUAAGACUCUGGACAGCUGGAGGGACGAGUUCCUCAUCCAGGCCAGCCCCAGGGACCCUGAGAACUUCCCCUUUGUGGUGCUUGGUAACAAGAUUGACCUGGAGAACAGACAGGUGACGACAAAGCGAGCCCAAGCAUGGUGUCAGAGCAAGAACAGUAUCCCCUACUUUGAGACCAGUGCCAAAGAGGCCAUAAACGUGGACCAGGCCUUCCAGACCAUAGCUCGAAAUGCCCUGAAACAGGAAUCUGAGGUGGAGACGUAUGAUUUUCCGGACCAGAUCAAACUGCGAGAUGACAGACCACCUUCCUCCAAUGACGGCUGCAGCUGUUGAAAAGGGACGCGGAGAGAGCGCGGGGACCAGAGAGAACAGGGAGGCGGCGGGGGGAGACCGCGACACGGGCGGAACUCCCCCUGACCCGUCCUCCACAUGCAAACCAUCCCCAUGCAGCACAGAACACACAGGUUCUCCUCUACUCCCCACCUUAGCGAAACAAGUGAUACAGGAUGAGAGAAAGUCGUUGGCACAGCAUCACCUUUCCUACAAGUGCUUUCAGAGAGCUCGUCUCCACGAGAAUAGCUGAGACGUGGUAGAUGUUAUUAUGAUUUCUACUAAAGUUAUUAUUUUUGCUUUCUUAUUUUCUGUUCCAGCUGAUCAUUAAUUCCAGUCAUUGAGACUCUCUUGGUGCCCUUUCUGUCUGUCUCCACUCUAAACGUGCCAUCCUUUUGUUUGGGUUUGUUUUUCUGUAGCCUUUAUGGGGCAGGUUCUGCUCCACUGCCAAACCGAAUUGUAAUUCCCUGUUUGCCAAGCAUUUUGUCUGGUCUGUAUGAUCACAGACCGCUCCUCCAUUCCAAAGUAAAAACUGGUCUUUCAGCUCUGUCAACUUAACGCGUGCUUUCUGGAUGUGUCAGAUCGAAGGUAAAAACACAGCCAUGAGCAGUGAGGGGCACUUUAGCUGCUGAAGGGAAAAAAAAAAACAAAACGUCAGACGUCCAUUCUGAGGCUCAGCUGUGUUUCUGAAGAGCUCGGUGCUACGUUGCCGUCAUGAAUGAAGUUCACAGGGAUUUUAUUAACAAACACAGGCACUUUACUGUCAUCUCAUGUCUGACCUUCAGUCUGCGUAAGGAAGACCCCACCCCCACCCCAUCCCCAUCUGAAGCAAAUGAAUGUAGUGACAUACACACUCAUUCAACCCCACAGUCUGCAAAGUCCAGGACUCUUCACUGCUGCAGGAUUUUUAGUUGCACUAAAGUAUGCGAUCCUAUGAUGUCAAGUUUGUUUUCUGUUUUUUUUUUUUUUCACUUUAUAAACAACAUGUUUAGAGAAGGUGUACCCAGGGUCUCGUAUGUGCAACUGAAGUGGUGAGAAAAUUAAGAAUGAGCACCAUGGGUGAGGCACGGCCGAGGGCCAGACUGACCUCCUAGCGUAUCCAAGCCAACGCAGUCCUUCCAUUCUCCUGGCAGUCCUCUGGCGUGGAGGUGACGCUGUGUAUGUCAGUGUGUCUGAGGUCACGCUGUGUAUGUCAGUGUGUCUGAGGGGGACAGGAAUCAUUCUGAGGACAGUCACUGAGCCCUAACAAUCUUUUAAGCUUCUUAGCCAUGGUUUUGUCUUUGCUAUACUCAAUUAACCAGUGUUGUAUUAAAAUCACAGAAAAAUAUAUACCCUUUUGAAUUCAUAUAUGCCAACUGUAAACCAAUGAACUCAACUGUCUGUCUGUAUGUUCUGUGUUGUAAUUUAAGUAGAUGUUGUGCCCAAACUGUUACGUUUAAUCAUCUGUUAACAUGCGACAUUUCUUAGCAACGAAUCAUAAAAACAUUUUCCUAAAUGACA